GCAAGUUUAUUCUAGAAUGGCGGAAUUUUCAACCUUGACGCGCUAUUGAAUCCUCAAAUACAAAACCCCCACCUCCAUAUUCAAUAAAAAAAAAACAACCAGAAAAGCAAAAAAAUCGAUUCUAUGGCGACGAUCUACAGCUGCAGAGAGUGCGGCGCCAAUCUGAACCUCCAGCCGGCCGAUCUCUUUCCGCCGGACUUCUAUUUCGAGGCCGGCAACAAGAAGACCCUGUCAUUCGCCGCCGUGGAUCCGUCCAAAUUCCGAUUCGAGAAGGAGGACAAGAUCCGCCCCUUUUUCGAGACGGUCAAUUACUGGGGGAUCCAGAGGAAGCGAGUGAAGAUCAUCUGCAAUAGCUGCGGGAAGCUCGUCGGUUACGUCUACGACGACGGCCCGCCGUUGAUGAACGGCACCGGGCAGUUCGGGUUCGGGCCGAGCCAGGCUAUUCCGAGAAACCCUAGGUAUCGAUUCAAGGAUAAAAGUUUGGCCGUUACUUCUCAGACUUGAGCUUGUUGGCUGAUUUCUGUGUAAAUGCUUCAACUUUUUUUUUCUCUUUUUGGGAAUAAUUUUCAUCGUGUGUAGAUGCAUAUGUAAAUUUUGAGAAUUGAUAGGAUUUUUUUAUUAUGGUUUGAUUUUUUGAAUAUUUAAUACUACUACAAUAAUACUCCUACAUUAAUAUUA